AUGUUCACUUUCGGGUGCUAUAAGAGAACAGAUCCAUAUGCACUUGCUUUCACGCACGACUGCAGACAAUCUUCUCAUACUAUUGGAUUACCCAUGAGAAUAAUGUUAGCGAUUGUGGCCUUCGUAAUUUUCUGCACAUGUUUGAUCGAAGCUAAAAAACCAUGGGAGCAUUCGCGUUUUUCGAGCGUAGAGAAGGGUGAUUUCUUUCACGGUAUUCCACACAAUGUUUUAGCUGUACGUGAGGGUAGACAUCACCGAAGUCAUGCAGACCACGAUUUUCAAGCAAGGCGGCGACCAGAACCUUGGCAGCGUUCCAGGGGACACCGUUGA